AUGAAUUUCCAUCCCAAUACUUCUCUUCACCUAAGCCAACCAGAUGAUGAGAUCAAUCAUCUCAAUCUAGAUCUUCUUCUUGAGCCAUCUUCUUCUUCAUCAUCUUCUCCUUCACCUAUAAGUCCCAUUGAGCCGCGGAUAUUCUCAUGCAACUAUUGCCAGAGAAAGUUCUAUAGCUCUCAAGCGCUAGGGGGUCACCAGAAUGCUCACAAGCUUGAGCGAACACUGGCCAAGAAGAGCAGGGAAAUGAGUUCAACCAUGCAACCUUACGGAGGAGCGGAGCAAAGAUCAAACUUCAGUGCGUCACACCAUCUUGGUCGUGCUCUUGGGGUUAACGUUGUGGAUAACCAAGGACAAAGUUAUGUGAGGCUUGGCGGACGAAAAGAAUUCAGCUAUGGUCCCAAGGAAGGGGUGGCUUCCUGGUCAAGGGGUUAUACUUCUGAGCAUGUUCAGGAGGAUAUUGGCCAACUUGACUUGUCGUUGAGGCUUUGA